GCUCGCAACAACCGGCAUCCCGCCGGAUGCUUCUCUAUAAAUAAAGGUGUAGCGGUGUGUUUUUUGCCCAGUCUUGAUAAUACAGACGUGUGUGACCCAUCACCCGGAACGCAGUUACUCGUUGCGUGUGAUCAAGUGCGAAUCGAAUCGAAGAAGAAUUUUUAAGCAACAUGAAGCGAUUGUUGGUGUUUGCCGCCCUGGUGGGUGUCUCGAUGGCCCAAUUCCCGAACGGACGAGUGCUGGAUGCUCCCAACCCGCAGCUCUGUGCCAGCAGAAUCAUCCAUGAACGAGCUCCCGAUGGCAAGGGCUACUUCUUCUCGUGGCGUGACCCGGCCCUACAGGGCGCCGAAAAGGACUGGCUGGACGUAAGGAACUUCUGCCGUCAGCGAUGCAUGGACAGCGUUUCCGUCGAAACCAGCCCCGAAAACGAAUGGAUCAAGCAGAGGAUAGUCGAUGGAAAGCAAAAAUACAUCUGGACCAGCGGCCGCCAGUGCGACUUCAAGGGUUGCGACCGACCGGAUCUGCAGCCGGUGUCCGUCAACGGAUGGUUCUGGACCGCCGAGCUGCAGAAGCUGGCCCCGGCCAACGUGCGCAACCAGAACGACUGGUCCGAGCAGGGUGGAAUCGGCAAACCGCAACCGGACAACCGCGAGCUGCUGCAGGGUGGUGCCCCCGAGAACUGCCUGGCCAUCCUGAACAACUUCUACAACGAUGGCGUGCACUGGCACGACGUGGCCUGCCACCACGUGAAACCGUGGGUGUGCGAGGAGAACGAUGCCCUGCUGAAGUACGUCAAGUACACCAACCCGGGGCUGCGCAUCUAAGGGGCGGCCGGCAGAUGAGGGAGUUGGGAAAUAGGUACCAAAAUUUAUUCAUUUUCUUGAAUCACAGCUCAUGUUCAUCGCGCGCACUUACACGUGAAGCAAGAAAUGGCACAAAUUUUCUCUUAUAGGAUUAGUAUUAAAGCAGUGUGAUAGGUUUGUAAGAUUCAGACUCAGAGAAGUACAUCAUAAAUACGACUGCCAGUUUAUUAGGUUGGACAAAGAGUAAAGUAGAUCACAUUUUUGCUGUUUUCUGUCAUCGGUUUAAUCUCAUGAUUUGAAAAUUUUAUUGAUUUUAUAUUUAUUGAAUAAAAUUUUUAAAAACAACCAACAUAAACAA